GAGCGGGCUGCCCCGUCCUUCCGCGGCGUGCUGGCUUCCUCCGCUCUGGGCUCCUCUGGGAAAAACAAAUGUCUUCUGUAAAAAGAAGUCCAAAGCAUGAACUAAUUUCCCAGUUUCACUGUUCAGCUGCAGAAGGAGAUAUUGCCAAGUUGACGGGGAUACUCCGUCACUCUCCGUCUCUUCUUAAUGAGACUUCUGAGAAUGGCUGGACUGCUCUUAUGUAUGCCGCCAGGAAUGGACACUCUGAGGCCGUCCACCUGCUGCUUGAGAAAGGGUGUGACAGAUCACUUGUCAAUAAAUCAAGGCAGACUGCACUGGAUAUUGCUAUAUUUUGGGGUUAUAAGAAUAUAGCUAAUUUACUGGCUAAUGCUAAAGGUGGGAAUAAGCCUUGGUUCCUAAGCAGUGAAGUAGAAGAAUGUGAAAAUUAUUUUAGCAAAACACUACUGGACCGGAAAAGUGAAAAGAGAAAUCAUUCUGACUGGCUACUGGCUAAAGAAAGCCAUCCAGACACAGUUUAUAUCCUUUUCUCAGAUUUAAAUCCCUUGGUCACUCUAGGUGGCAAUAAAGAAAGUUUUCAACAGCCAGAAGUCAGGCUUUGUCUGCUGAACUACACAGAUGUAAAAGAUUACUUGGCUCAGCCCGAGAAGAUCACCUUGAUUUACCUUGGGGUAGAACUUGAAAUGAAAGAAAAGUCACUUGGUGCUGAAGGCGUCCCAAGGGAAGAAGACGGGCUGGUUGCCUGGUUUGCUCUAGGUAUAGAUCUCAUUGCUGCCGAAGAAUUUAAACAACGACAUGAAAGUUGUUAUUUUCUUCAUCCUCCAAUGCCAGCUCUUCUUCAGCUGAAAGAAAAAGAAGCUGGAGUUGUAGCUCAAGCAAGAUCAGUUCUUGCCUGGCACAGUCGAUACAAGUUUUGUCCAACCUGUGGAAGUGCAACUAAAAUUGAGGAAGGUGGUUAUAAAAGAGUGUGCUUGAAGGAGACCUGUCCUAGUCUCCACGGAGUUCAUAAUACAUCGUACCCAAGAGUUGAUCCAGUAGUAAUCAUGCAAGUUAUUCAUCCAGAUGGGACCAAGUGUCUUUUAGGCAGACAGAAAAGAUUUCCCCCAGGCAUGUUUACCUGCCUUGCUGGAUUUAUUGAACCUGGGGAGACAAUCGAAGAUGCUGUUCGGAGAGAAGUAGAGGAGGAGAGUGGCGUCAGGGUCGGCCACGUUCAGUACGUCUCCUGUCAGCCCUGGCCCAUGCCUUCCUCCUUAAUGAUUGGCUGCUUGGCCAUGGCAGUGUCUACAGAAAUUAAAGUUGACAAAAACGAAAUAGAGGACGCCCGCUGGUUCACCAGAGAACAGGUGGUGGAUGUUCUGAGCAAAGGGAAGCAGCAGGCAUUCUUUGUGCCACCGAGCCGAGCUAUCGCACAUCAGUUAAUCAAACACUGGAUCAGGAUCAACCCCAAUCUCUAAGUCAAAGAAUCUAGGCUGUGUUUGCUUAUUAUUUGGUUUCUGAUACCACCUCCUGAUCGCUCCUCACGUGGGAUCAGGAGUAUCCAGUGCUCUUCAGAAUGUUGCACAUAAAAUGCCAUGUUGGACUUUCAGGAUAUUUUCAAAGUGAACUUUCCAUCUUAAUUACAGAAUUUAUGUUUUUAUAAAUUAUAAUAUUGCCUUAGAUUAAAAUCUGUGUCAAGCUUCUCUGAACAGAUGUGGUUUGCACUUCAAAAUUUUAUUUCUAAAAACCACUUUCCUGAUAAGAAACAUUAUUUUGUAAAGAAUUAUGUUCUAGAAACAUGAAUCAGCUUAAAUUCCAGUGCCUCUUACAAGCAUUAAACUGAUUGUUAAUGUUCCUUAUUUGAGAAGUGAAACAAAUUAAUUUUGACGAAUUUUGAGCUUGCGUUGAUUCUUUGUCCUUUCAUUACCAUAAAGGUCCUUUAAGUUCUUACUAUCUGAAUUUCGCUUACCUCCCAGUUCAGUGCCACUUACUUUUCUUCCUGGUUCUCUUGUUCUAGAAGUGGUGGGGUUACAAUGUUGCUACUAGUCUAAUUUGAUCGGUGUUUUCUGUCUUAACAAUUAACUCUACAAGGAGUGAUCUCCAUGCCACACCCUCAUGGAAGGAUAGCUUAAGUGAGAGCACACGUAGAGUCUAGGACCUCCUUUUUAAACCUCAAAUUAAGUAAUAUGUCUACUUACGUGUAUUAUACUUAUACCCAAAGCUUUUGUUAAGACAAAUCAAGAUUUCUGUUUUUUCACUGAAAUUAAAUAUAUUUGAAAAUAAUUAUUCCCAAUGAUCAGAUAUAAUCCCAUGUAGAUUUACAUAUUUAAUUAAAAACACUUUGUUUUACUUUGUGAUGAGAGGCGUAUCUUUGUCAGCAAAAGAGUGAAUCAUCACCACCAACGAUAUUUAGUAGACCGUAUGUCCUGGAUCUAGCCUUAUUUCUCCAUAUUCUAAGAAGCCCUCAUAAAACAAGUACAUUUUACAACUGAAUCAGUAAGAUUAUAGAAAAAGUAAAUUUUAGUUGUUCACAAUUUUCCAAUAUAGAAACUCAUAUUUUACAAGGCUAUUUUAAAAUUGCUUUAAAGGGUAGUUUAUAAAAGAAAAAUGCAAAAACAUUGUGUAAUUUGACUCUUUGCUAUUCUGUGCUAAAACUGGAAGAGACUUUAAAGAUAACAUAGGGAAUUAACUGUCUUUACACAUAAUAAAGAGGGAAUCCUGAGAGUGACAGGUGAAAGUUAUACAACUCACGAAUUACAGCAGUCUGUACUGGCCAGGACGCUCCUUGUCUAAGAAAUAGAGGCUAUUGGGCGGCGCCUGUGGCUCAGUGAGCAGGGCGCCGGCCCCAUAUGCUGAGGGUGGCGGGUUCAAACCCAGCCCGGGCAAACUGCAACAAAAAAAAAAAAAAAAAAAAAAAAUAGCCGGGCGUUGUGGCGGGCGCCUGUAGUCCCAGCUACUCGGGAGACUGAGGCAGGAGAAUCGCCUAAGCCCAGGACUUGGAGGUUGCUGUGAGCCGUGUGAGGCCACGGCACUCUACCGAGGGCAAUAAAGUGAGACUCUGUCUCUACAAAAAAAAAAAAAGAAAUAGAGGCUAUUACUAAAAAUAUAUGUAGAAUAAGUUAGAGGAAAGGGUCAUAGAAUAAAUUUAUCUUGCCAAAUAUUGUUAAUUAAAUUUUAGAUACUUAAAAUAUAUUUAGCUUAAAUCAGAUAACUUUCUCAGUUAAAACUUAAUUUUACUAAUGAACAAUGAUUUUCUUAGUAAUUAAUGAAGGCUUUUUGAUAUCAGGACUUUAAGACUUACACAGGACACUUAGAUACAUAAUAAAAUUUGAAUUACAUAAGUAUACGGAAAAUGUUGUGCGUUGGUUAUUAUGUGAUGUGACAACAUGAGGUUCCAUUUACCUCCGGUGUACUUUUAGUAUUUAUAGAUUGUAAGAGUACAAAGUAACAUUCCAAGUUUUCCUAAUACUAAGAUAGGAAAAGUAAAAUAUGAAGUGUCAGCAAAUAUAAAUUUAAUUUCAGAUAUUUAAUCCCUUACUUGGGGAAAUUCAGCAUCUAAGUAAAUUGUUGUUUUAAUAAUUAUUCUUAAAUUUCUAGCCUCCAAGCGGUGAAUGACUACCUGUAAUAGAAGGAGUAGCCUGUUCAAAACACAGGAGGGCUGUGCCGUGAAUGUAUUCUACUGUAAAUUAAAGUAAUAUGUUAAAAUUCAUAUCUGUUUUGUUUUGUGGGUUGUGUUUUUUUUUAAUGUUUUAAUGAAUUUCUUCUGAAAAAUGGAAAAAGCCAGAUUUCAGUCAUUAUCUCCUGUUUAGAAUUGAUGAUGUAUCUUCUUAAAGUACAAAAGUCUUUUUAAAAGUUUCCAUAUUUGAAAAACUUUAAGUUUAUUAUUUAAAUCUUAAUUAUUAUAGUUUAAGGUCAAAUGCAUGGUAUACACACACACACACAGACUUACACACUUAUACACACAUGUAGAGGGUCCACUUUUUAUGUUCAGGUAUAAAGUUAUAUCUAGUAUUGUGUGUGUGGUUUUACUUGUCUAAUAUUACUUAUCUUUGCAUUUUGAAAUGUUCACUUGUUUACUGUUCAUGAAGAAUUAGAAAUCUACAUAUUUCAUUUAGUUGGAAAGAUGAGUAAGUCUUUUAAAGAUGCAGUUAGGAGGAUUCAGGUGAGGACAGAGGGGAGACCAAGGGGUGCAGAGAGAAAGUGUAAGUGUGUUAAAAAGCCAAACAAACUGGAUUGAAUCGCAUGUAGCAGAUGACAGUAGGUACCUGGCCCUGAAACUGUCUUGUUAAUGUGAAAACAGCAAAAUAUUGAGUUCUAUAAAACAAAUCCAUUAAUUAUUUAGAAUGAAAUGUCCACAAUGCAAAUCUUAUUAGAGACAAGUACCAGUUAUUACGUCUUAAUAUGGACGUGUGUGUGCUUGCCCAAAAUAGGGUGGGUGUUGGUGGGUGUUGAAUGAAAUUUGUUUUCUGAAAAAAAAAAAAGAAAAGAAAAGAAAUUUGUUUUCUGAGCUUAAAAGGAGCAGUUUUCUCUACCAGAAAAAAAAAAAAAAUGUGUAGGAUGAAGUAAAUUCCAUGUGCAAAAUUGACAAUUUCUGUCUUCAAGGGGAAAAAAUCAAGGUUUUGAGGUGAAUCGUGUGCCUGCAGGUGGGAACGGGGGGCCAGGGAGUUGACGUUUUGUGCAGAUGAGGUGGGUGCCCCAUAUGGGGCCAGGUGCACAGGAGCCCUGACACCCUGGAGCAGACGAGAAGCUGUGUUUGAGGACGCAGGAAUAAUCAUAUUGCCAAGUGCCUGCAUAGUCAAAGUGUCACUGAUGAGGAAUUAGAGGAGUUACUUAAGAAAAUAACCUAAAUACUGAAAGUGAUGUAUUUUUUCCUACACUGCCCUUUGUUCACAUUCUUCUCAGGACACUCAUGGUGGAAAUCAAACAGCUUGUGUCAUAGCCAGUAGAUUUUCAAAUUAAGUUUAUUUGCCCAACAUAUAAUAGAAAUGGCUAAAAAGAAGGUCAUUCAGGUAAUAAAGAUUAUAUAGGGGAAAUGGAUAAUAAGCAGCCUGAAUUCUUUUCCUUCUUUGGGAGAAAUUGUUCUAGUAUCAUGUGAACAUUUGGACACAAUCGGGUAACCAGCAAAUUCCUCAUCCUGCUUUUACUGAACAAUAUCCACAUACAAUUGUUCUCAUUGGUGGAAGGAACACUUUAUUCCUUCAAGAAUAUUUUAUUUUUCCUUUAUUGCUAAACAGACAAAGUCAUACACCAAACAGUAAGUAUUUCUCCUUUUCACAGCUCCCAUUGUAAAGAUGCUUUCCAAAAUAGUGGAGUUGCUGAGAAAUCUUACAACAUAUUUCAAGUUAGGAAAAAAAGCCUUUCUGCUAAUGAAAAUACUGUAUUUUUCUUUCUAAUGAGAAGUCUGAUAAGAGACAGACAAACUGCGGCAUAAAGAAUGAAAAGUAUGUCCUGAGUGUCCAUUGCUGGGGUCAUCAGACCUAUUCCGAGCCAGCUUCUUUUCUCGUCUGUGAAGGAUUAAGAGCAUUCUUCAAACCGCUGCACUUGGGAAGUUGUUUCAUUUUUAGUAAUGUAGAAGUUCCACCAGGAGUAGAAAUUGAAAACAAAACUCUUACCUGUUUCAGAACAGAGCAAGUGGGCAAGGGAUCCAGGCUGAGGUUUAUUUUUCUUUACCUUUUAUCCUGUCCAUUGCACACCAGCCUGAAAUUGUAGUCCGCUGGGCCAUGUGAUGUUCUAGAACGCCUCAGUGGAGCACCUGAUAAAUAUUUAUCCCUGCCCACAGGUGGCAGUGAGCUGAAGUCCUCUCCAUCAAAAGGGGUGAAAACUAAAAUGACAUUUAGCCAACAGCUUUGCAGCUAAGAGCUACUGGGCUUUUUUCCUAGGUUUACUUGGUGUUAUGGAACAUAAUUUGGAACUGCAAAGAAAAGUUCCCCCACAAUGUGUGCACAGUCAACUUCAGGCACUUUGUUGGUCCUGAGCCCCGUCAUUCCCUCUGUCCGCAUUGUAACCGGGCUUCUCGGGGAGUGUAUCCGUGGGGGGAAGCCAGUGGGGACUCCAUGUGUUCUGGGAUGACAGGAGAAAGAUACGUAUCUGUGUGGACCACAAAGCUUUCCUGGCUGUAGAAAUAUCUAUCAUUAUUAUUUCGGAAAAAUGCCCUUAAUUCAUUUUGUACAAAUGACUACCUUUUAUCAUACCAGUCUUUGCCUUUAGUUCCCUACCACGUCAUACAUCCUCAUGAAUAAUAAGCACAUUUUUAUUGUUAUGAUGAUAAAUUGUUUACAUAAAUUGGUUUGUUUUACACAGUAAGUCUGUACACUUUCCUUGAUCACUGUAUCUAGCAUCAGUACUAUCAAUUCAAUUCUUCAGACUUCUGGACUUCAAAUAAUAAAAUAUUUUUUUAUUCUGUCCAAUAUAUUUCAGAGAAUAACUUCUGAAUUCCUAUUUACAACUACCCUGUUUCCCCGAAAAUAAGACAGUGUCUUAUUUUAAGGUGUGCUCCCAAAGAUGCGCUAGGUCUUAUUUUCAGGGGACGUCUUAGCUUUCCUGUAAGUAGGUCUUAUUUUCGGAGGAUGUCUUAUUUUGGGGGAAACGGGUUAGAUUCUAAGGAAGCGUAAU